AAAGCAUCGGCACCUCUUCUAAAAAAUUUCCCAAAGCCAAAGAAUAAACACACACACAGUUUGCUUUUUUUUUUUUAAAAAAAACACACACAUACACGCACACAGAGUUUGCUUUUUUUUUAAAAAUCACACACACACACACACAGAAUACAAUGGAAGCUGAUCACCGGACGGUCGGAGAGUACACGCUGACGUGUAGGCUCGGCGGAGGCUCGUCGUCGACGGUGUGGAAAGCGGAGCACCGUACAAGCGGAAAAGUGGUGGCGUUGAAGCAAAUCAACCUCCUCAACCUCACUCGCCAACUCAAAAAUUGCUUGGACUGUGAACUCACCUUCUUGUCUUCUGUUAAUCACCCUAACAUCAUUCGCCUUUUCGAUAUCUUUCAGGCUGAAAACUGUAUUUUCCUUGUCUUGGAGUUUUGUGCUGGAGGAGAUCUGGCUUCUUAUAUCCGAAAUCAUGGAAGAGUUCGAGAAUGUGUAGCUAUAAAAUUUAUGAAACAGAUUGGAGCUGGUCUAGAGGUACUAAGCUUACACCGAAUUAUCCAUCGUGACUUGAAGCCAGAGAACAUUCUCUUAUCUAGCUUGGAGAAUGACUCGAUUCUUAAGAUUGCUGAUUUUGGUCUCUCAAGAAUGUUAAAUCCGGACGACUUUGCAGAAACCGUUUGUGGUUCCCCUUUUUACAUGGCUCCAGAAAUUCUUCAAUUUCAAAAAUAUGAUGCGAAGGUUGAUAUGUGGAGUCUUGGUGCAAUUCUGUUUCAACUACUUAAUGGUUACCCUCCUUUCCGUGGUAGGACUAGUGUUCAGAUACUACAGAAUAUCAAGGCGUCUCUGUGUCUUCCUUUCUCUGAGCUGAUUAUUCCUCAGUUGCACCCUGAUUCUGUUGACUUAUGCUCGAGACUAUUGUCUAUCGACCCAGAGAAGCGGAUCUCUUUUAAAGAGUUUUAUCGACAUCGCUUUUUGAAGAUAGGCGAAGCGGGGGAUGAAAGCUUCUGUUUGAAGUAAAAACAUUCGGAUAUCUUGCUAGGCAGAAGGACCAAUAUAAUUAUCGCUGUUUAUACUUGGAUUCCAAUUUUCCUUUGUCAACUUGAUGAGCUCAGCGUCUUUUUCCUGCUGAUUACUCUAGGCUAUUCACUAGUCUGUCAGUUUCAAAUCAUGUGAAUGUGUCAUUCUCAGAAAGCAACCUGCAUCAUUGUACAUCAUAGUUCUCUUUCACAGAUGAUUCAGUCAGGUUUUACAUUCUAAUAAUUAGCUUCGGUAUUGAUUCCUAAACUACCUAAACUCUGCUGCAUCAAAUCUUUCAUCUUUGGCCAUCCGAGGACAAAUAAAUGAUUCUCCAAAAUCUUCAAAUUGAUCAUAUGAAAUUGAGGAAAUUCAUUCAGUAGUACUAGCAUCAGUAUCAUUUGUCUCCAAAACAAUGUAUACUCUCCUGCCUCAAAAAUCUGUAUCAUUCCUUGCCAUCUGAGUAAAGGACAAAUAACUGAUUUGCACAAAUUCAAAUUGAUCAAAUGGAGUUAAUGAAAUUCCUUCACAUCUUUGACAGCUGUUGUUUGCUGACACAUUUAAAGAGGUUGGUGCACAAGCCCCCUUAUCCAAUAUGAAACUUGUUCUUCCAUUAUUAUUCUCCAAAAUUAAAAAAAGGUUGCUUGUCUUUAAGAAGGUUGGCUACAUCUUGACUUGGAAUGCCAGCAGAAAAGUUCUCAUUCUGGACGCUGAGCACGAAAACUGAACAUCUUGCAGCAUUGUGUACUUCAAUUCUGGCUAGGGGUUCAUGGGGUGAGCUAGAGGAGUGCUUUUAAUAUUUGUUUUCUGCUUAUUGACUUAUAUUAUGCCCUGAAGGCUCUGAUCAGAUGAAUCCUACCCCGAUACUACCUACUUGUGGGCCUCUGUAGGACACUGCUAUGUACUAAGAGACAGAAGUUAGCCUACCAAAGGAGUGGAAGUAACUUCUUUUAUCAUAUGGUUCCCAUCUCUUCACCAUAGACAGUUUCUCCAUGAGUUUAAGGGGUUCAAGAUGCUAUGGAAAUCAAUUCCGAGGAACUGACACCAACCUGUAAAAGGUAGUAUUUAUUAUCUUCUAAAACUAUCAACAGUUACAAAUUGCACAGGGACAUCUUCACGGCUAGCUGGAUGAUAUCAGUCUUAUUAAGAUCAGUAUUCCAAUAAUAUUAUGUAUAACUUUGUUUGCAAUUUGGAAUAAACUGGUAAUUGUAACCAAAACAAAGAAGUGAGUGCAAACACAAAUAAUUGAUUUCUAGGAAAAAAGAUGCUGCAGAAGGUUCAACCUUACCUGUAAGCAAACUAACUUUUUCUUGUCUUGAAGAUAUUAAGGUGCCUUUUUACAUGUCCUGCCAAUUUGCAAGAUGAGAACAACAAAAUUGUACAAGCGGUAUUGACAAAAGAAAAUAAUAGCUUGAAUUUUGCUAGUGUAACAAUAUGUAGCACUAUCCUUCAUCCAAUUUGUUAUU